UUAAAGCCCAAAUAAGGCCCGUCAUAAUCUAUUCCAAAAUUGUCUGGUCCAACCACUAACUUCAUCCUCUUCUUCAUCCGAAUCCGACCACCACCACCGCCUAUCCUUCUCUCUCUAAGUUACUCAGAGACGAAGAGAGAGAAAAAAAGAUGAACUCCCGCUUCACGACCCUAGGCCGAACCCUAAAAUCGACCUCAAAAAAGCUCUUCUCAUCUUCCACCCAAUCCACAUCCACCAGUUCCCAAUUCCCUCAAACUCUAGCGGGGCUCCGAGCUCGAUUGGCCGCCGAAUCCCCCUCACUCACCGAUUUCGCCGAGGAUCUCAAAUCCAAUAGCCCUUAUUCCGUCGAGGUUGGGACCAAGAAGAAUCCCCUUCCCAAGCCCAAAUGGAUGAAGGAGGCCGUCCCCGGAGGCCAGAAGUACGUCCAGAUUAAGAAAAAGCUCAGGGAAUUGAAUCUCCAUACCGUGUGCGAGGAGGCUCGAUGCCCCAAUCUCGGCGAGUGUUGGUCCGGCGGUGAGACCGGCACUGCCACAGCCACGAUCAUGAUUCUCGGUGAUACUUGUACUCGGGGUUGCAGGUUCUGCAAUGUGAAGACUUCAAGAACGCCGCCUCCACCUGAUCCUAAUGAGCCCACCAAUGUGGCAGAGGCGAUUGCGUCGUGGGGGUUGGAUUACGUGGUGAUCACUAGUGUGGACCGGGAUGAUUUACCUGAUCAGGGGAGUGGUCAUUUUGCCGAGACGGUGCAGAAGUUGAAAGAACUGAAGCCAAAUAUGCUCAUAGAGGCAUUGGUUCCUGAUUUUCGAGGAGACAGCACGUGUGUUGAGAAAGUUGCAAGGUCCGGGCUAGAUGUAUUUGCUCACAAUAUUGAAACAGUUGAGGAGCUUCAGAAGGCAGUGCGGGAUCAUCGGGCAAAUUUUGAGCAAUCUCUAGAAGUUCUCGUGAUGGCUAAAGACCAAGCUCCUGCUGGAACGCUUACAAAGACUUCAAUAAUGUUAGGCUGCGGGGAAACACCUGAUCAAGUUAUGAAGACGAUGGAGAAGGUGAGAGCUGCUGGUGUUGAUGUGAUGACAUUUGGUCAAUAUAUGCGACCUUCCAAGCGUCAUAUGCCUGUUUCUGAAUAUAUUACCCCUGAAGCUUUUGAGAAGUAUCGCGUCCUCGGCAUGGAUAUGGGAUUUCGCUAUGUGGCUUCUGGUCCUAUGGUCAGGUCAUCAUACAAAGCAGGUGAAUACUACAUCAAGUCCAUGAUAGAAUCUGAUCGAGCUGCAUCCUCUUCUUAACUUUUCUCAAGUGACUAAGAGGUUCCUCACCCUUUUCUACCCUCUUGUACGUAAUUUUUUUAUUGUAUCAAUUCAUAAAUGGUGCCCCUCGGGUCUAUUUGUACAACCAAUGAUUUACACAGGCUCGAGAUCAAAAUUUGAUGUCAUUUAGCUUAGGGGUUCAAAAUUUAUAAAUUGUGGUUCAAAAUUUGAUUCCAUUUAGAGUUGUGGUUCAAAAUUUGAUUCCAUUUAGCCA